GUGACUGGAGUGUGCUUCCUGCAGAGAGGAGCUCAGGCCUACCUCAUUUUCGCCUGGCAGGUCAGCUGCUCUGUGUUUCAGUCUGAAGCCGUUGGCUGCUACUGAACCGUUUGGCUCUUUUCUCUACUAGCGAGCAAACCUACAAUCUAGACCCAACUGUCCAUCCAGCUCAUUUUUAAGGGGAUUUAUCAAUAUAUAUGCCCGUGUAUCCAAAACACAUCGGUCAUUGGGGAUUCCUAGCACCGGUUGGCCGGGUCUGAGGGCGGUUAUAACGCUUUUUUCGAGGUUUAAUUAGAGCUUGAAACAACGGUGGUGGAGGAGGAGGAGAUUCCAUAUUAGGAGCACAGAGGAGAAGGCACCCCCCUUGUGUGAUUUGGAGCUUUUGCCUCUGCCACAGCCUCACCAGCACUGAGUGAGGCAGGAGAAGGGAAAGACAGGAAUAGAGGGAAAGGAUGAGUAAAGGAAAGAGGAGCAAAAGGAAUCAAGGUUCUGAGCCCAUGGUACAAGGCCGUCACUGAACGUACUGGUGGUGCAUACAGACUUACUACUGUGGCUUGGUGUGUGCGUGCUGACCUCAUGGUGUAACAGGAGUAAAGAUGAGCAUUAGCAGUGAUGAGGUCAAUUUCCUGGUCUACAGAUACUUACAGGAGUCAGGGUUCUCCCACUCAGCGUUUACGUUUGGUAUAGAGAGUCACAUCAGCCAGUCCAACAUCAAUGGUGCUCUGGUUCCCCCUGCUGCCCUCAUCAGCAUCAUCCAGAAGGGCCUGCAGUACGUCGAGGCUGAAGUCAGCAUCAAUGAGGACGGCACGUUAUUUGACGGGCGGCCCAUUGAGUCUCUGUCCCUGAUCGAUGCGGUGAUGCCAGACGUUGUUCAGACGAGGCAGCAGGCAUACCGGGACAAAAUGGCCCAGCAGCAAGCUGCCGCUUCAGCGCCAGCAUCGGCCACUGGAGGCAACAUCGCAGGCAACGCCAAGAACGGAGAGAAUACUGCCAACGGGGAAGAGAACGGAGCCCAUGCCUUAGCUAACAACCAUGCAGACCUGAUGGAGGUGGACGGAGACGUGGAGAUUCCUCAGAACAAGGCUAUGGUCUUGAGGGGCCACGAGUCAGAGGUCUUCAUCUGUGCCUGGAACCCAGUCAGCGACCUACUGGCAUCAGGGUCCGGUGACUCGACGGCUCGGAUCUGGAACCUGAGUGAGAACAGUACAAGCAGCUCCACACAGCUGGUCCUGAGACACUGCAUACGAGAGGGAGGACAGGACGUUCCCAGCAACAAAGACGUCACCUCGCUAGACUGGAAUAGCGAGGGCACGCUGUUAGCAACAGGCUCAUAUGAUGGCUUUGCUAGAAUAUGGACGAAGGAUGGCAACCUGGCCAGUACACUUGGCCAACACAAAGGUCCAAUCUUUGCCCUUAAGUGGAAUAAAAAAGGCAAUUUCAUCCUUAGUGCAGGAGUAGACAAGACAACAAUCAUAUGGGAUGCCCACACAGGAGAAGCCAAACAGCAGUUUCCCUUCCAUUCAGCUCCAGCGCUAGACGUGGACUGGCAAAGCAACAAUACAUUCGCCUCUUGUAGUACAGACAUGUGUAUCCACGUCUGUAAACUGGGACAAGACAGACCCAUAAAAACAUUCCAGGGACACACGAAUGAAGUAAAUGCAAUCAAGUGGGAUCCCACAGGGAACCUGCUAGCCUCCUGCUCAGACGACAUGACGUUGAAGAUCUGGAGUAUGAAGCAGGACUCAUGUGUCCAUGACCUCCAAGCCCACAGUAAAGAAAUCUACACCAUCAAAUGGAGUCCCACUGGCCCUGGAACCAAUAAUCCCAGCGCUAACCUCAUGCUAGCCAGUGCAUCGUUUGACUCAACAGUUCGUCUUUGGGACGUGGAGAGAGGCAUCUGUAUCCAUACGCUGACCAAACACCAGGAGCCAGUCUACAGUGUGGCUUUCAGCCCUGACGGUCGGCAUUUGGCCAGUGGGUCCUUUGACAAAUGUGUGCACAUCUGGAAUACACAGACAGGCGCCUUAGUCCACAGUUACAGAGGGACGGGUGGAAUCUUCGAGGUUUGCUGGAAUGCAGCAGGGGACAAAGUGGGAGCCAGUGCAUCAGACGGAUCUGUGUGUGUACUAGACCUUCGGAAAUAGUGCUGCUGUUGGAAGCCAUGGACCGACCAUGAAUGUGUACAUAGCCAAAUGACUGUCCCUGCCUGCCCUGCGUACUGCUCACGCUUACGACUAUGGCCCCGCCCACUGACAGAGACAGGAAGCAGGAAACAGGAACAGGAAGCAAGCAAGCACCCGACACAGCAGGUCCAGACACAGGGAUGAACAGAUGGACGGACAGACGGACGGAUAAACGGGCGGAUGGACACGCCCCUCUCUAUCUGUGCAGACUCUAACAGAGAUGCAGAAGGGACGCAGUGAAAAAAAGAAAAAAACUGAUAGACAAAAAAAAAGUUACAGAUCCGUAUAUGUACCAAAAUUUGGAAGCUAUUUUGCUUUUUUUGAUCUUUAAACCAUGCUCAUUGUCAUCAAAAUGAAAAACAAUGAAAAAAGUGUUGAUCUUUGUUACUAGUUGGAUCUCAUUGUGCAGACAUAUCAACUUCACCACCAUAAAAUAGGAUGGCACUUAGUUUUUUUAAAUUUCGGAUCUCUUGUUUCAAUGUUUUUAUAUUUUUUAUCUUUGGGGGAGGGGGCAGGGCUCGGUCAGGUCAGAGUUUUAUUAAGUGGAGAAGUACGUACCUACUUGGACAUGCACACCAAACAGUUCCAAACUGUCCUUGUCAUGAUUUCAAACCAAUGUGGCAAACCUAAAGGCUUUUUCUCCAUGUAUUUCAGUAAUGGUUUCUGAAGUUAACCUUGAAAUGCAGUAAUUCAGGUGUUGUCUUUUUCCAGAGGACAUAUUCUGGAUCACCCGUGUACAUCCACCUGGGCACAUGACACUGAUGAUGUACAUCUAGAUGCUUUAAAAACAGUUCCUUUGUGCACUAUUUGAUCUAGAUGGAUUUAUCCACAGUUCUUCUCUCUGGACUCUUCAGCCAUAGCGGUUAUCUGUCUGACUGGCAAGAAGCUGACUGUUCCCUCCACUUCGCUGAAUGUCCAAUGCUGUUCUGUGUUUUAGAUAAAGAUGCAACAGCAAGUCAGGUCCCAUCUCAAAUCACAUACUCAGCCAGUAGGUUCUCUAGCAGCUCUUUUUACCCACAUACAGAUGUACAUAAAUAACUCUGAAUAGUGUCCUCCUUUACAUUGCUGAGUAAGGCUUUGGUGAGUUCAUCAUUUGGCAGAUUUCAAAUAUUUCUAAUCUGAUUCAUUGACAUCCUCAAAGGCCUCAAAUCAUUAAACAUGCAUGAUGUGCCCUGAAGUGUGGCAGUAAAAAAAAUGUCAGCUGAUCAUCCCAUUAAAAUUGUUGUGCUAUUUUUAGUUUCUGGAGAUGUAAUAUUCUCAGAGGUAGAUGCUCCGGAUGCAGAAAUACUGAGUUAAACCACAGAGGGCAAAGCCAAAGAAAAAUCUCCCGAGUAACAGAGGAAGUAGCUUAUAUUAGACUCUAAAGCUUUGCUCUGUUAAUGCAUUCACACAAUCAUGGCAGAACUGGAAGAGCUAAAGAACUUGCUGUUAUUUCAACCUGGAGUGUUCAGGUGUUACUCAAAUAGCCUAAAUCAACUUUGUAGCUUGUGUUACACAUUUGUGGUGGUUUGUUAACAAGUGAAACCAAAUACACAUAGUUUAAUGGUUCUUUCUUGUUAGCUGAAUAGACUAUAUUAGUGUUGAUAUUAGAUUUAAUAUAGCAGCUAUUUUACAACCAUAUCUCUGACUCUGAAUUACAACUAGGAGACUGAACAGUUUAUUCCACUUGGCUGUUCAUAAUUAUGUACAGGAAUGUGGCAUGAAGAUGUGUCUGAAAUCACUCCCUCAUCUGCUAUUUCCUAUAUAAUAGAGACUCAAUUAUUAACUCCAUAGUGACAGUGAAUUAAGAUUUUGGAUUGAAUCAUCAUUUUGCGUCACUGACAGGUGUAGUAAUAUGACUAAUUUCAGUGUCUGUCAAAUGAGAUGCAAAUGAGAUUGUUAGCAAAAAGUAGUGAAUAUGCUACUUUUGUGAAGGUGCUAAAUAGAGCAUAAAUAAUCAUUUUGGACAUUCAGAAUUUGGAUACCCAAAUAAAGUGGCAGAAAGUAAGUAUUAGUGCACUACAUAGUAAACAGGGAGCAUUUUAGGACACAGCCAGCUGUUCUAAGCUAAUUGGCUUAGCUAGCUAAUUUUCCCAACUUCAGAAUAGCCAUAUAUGUGUCACAAUUACCGUGGUCAUGAAUGAAUGAAUGAAUUUUUUUUUCUUUUUUCUUUUUGACCAAAGUUCUGGCUUUGUCAUUCAAAUUUGCCAGCAUACUAACUUGCUUUAGAAAACCCUGAUCUCUUGGCUCUGCCCUCUUUGAGGUUUAAUUUAAACAAUAACUUUAAUGAUGUUAAAGUAGCUCUGUCCCUAUAAAAUAUUUUUAUAAUUGAAACUCUAGAUUUUUAAUUUGUCUUUUUUACUAUUUUUAAUAACAUGGCCACCCAAAUUUCUCUGGCGCGGAGUGGAGGGGAGGGGCUGUUUGUCAAACAGGCGAACAUUUGUUGAGACAGAUAUACAUCAAAAAACGUCUCAUUCCAGUGUAAAUGCAACAAAUGAGAAUUGAAUUUUCACAAGUACACUUUUGGGAACCAAGCGCGAAAGCAGAUCCAACAUUAACGCAAUAUGGGAACAUUUUAGUUUUUGUCUGUUUUGAUUACUUUUCACAAUGUGGGGGGAAAACUUAACUACAUGUAUGUUGUUUUGAAGGAAAUAAACAAACCAGACACACAAGACUUACAGUAGCUAAGGGUCAAAUGUACAGUCUUUUACCCCCACAACAUGACAGUCUUGGUGAAUUAAAAACAGUAAAACAGACAUUUGAAUUCAUCUACCCUUUCACCCUCAUUCUUGGUUCUUCACCACCCAAGUUCUGCUCAAAUUUUAUUCUGACGUUCCCCACUGACAAGACAUUUUAUACUCUUUUAAAGAAAAAAUUUAAAGUUACAUUUUUGUAAUUUCUUUGUAGAUUUGAAAAAUGUGAAUUGAUGAUUUAUUGGCAGUGUUAAUUUACAUGUUCUAUAAAUUGAAAGAUUUUGUUUUCAUACUUUGAUGCUAUUGCAGAUAGUAAAGGUUGACCCUGUAAUGUAAAGCUCACUGAGCUGAGCUGUCAUUCUGAAGGCACCUUGACUGGGAGGGAUUUCCCAGGAGAAAAUUACCACUAAAUUUGUCUAUGUUUUAAUAAAGACAUGUUUUACUUUUUCUUUUGCUUGAAUCUUUUUGGGAAACAUUGUCCCAAAAUGUGCAAGGGAGAAAAUUAUUUUCUCCUGAAACUCCUCUUGGCUUACACAGAAAGACAAUUCAAAAAAAAAAGUGAAUCUUAAAAUUGAAUAAAAUUGUAAUUUUUCAAUCAAGCCAAGACUCUGGGGAAUUUUUCUGCCCCCCUUUUUUCAUUGCUAAAGUUGGGUGUCAUACAGAUGUUUUGAGGAGAAAGUUGCUCUGGAAGCAGAUAUAAUCUCUGUGGUCUAGUAUGGAAUUAUAUUUGUGUCACAAUUUUGAGUGCGCAAUGGCACAUUUUAAGCACAAACAUGAACUAUAUUUUGUAGAAACAUUUUCAUCAUGUAAAGAAUAAUUAAAUUUGAGCAGAUAAAAGUCUGUCCACGAUAACUGCUCUCUUGGUUUUAUUAAUUUGGCCUCUCAGAUUCCUGCUCUGUGAACCCUCAAACCCUUAGACACUUGUUUACAGUUUAAUGUCUCCAAACCAAUCGUUAGUAGGAUCAUUGAUCAUUAAGGAAGUAGGGAAGUGCUCUCUCCAAAAAUAAAUGAUGUGCUCAAAAUGUUGCAUUGUGCACUCAAAUUGAGACAAAUAUAAUUCCGUACUUGACCUGCAAGACACAAAAACACAACAUUUGCCUUCAAAUCAGCCCGUUGAGUAGACUGACUUCUUCUGUAUCCCCUGUAGUAAAUUGGAAAUUUUUACUAAUGGACUAGCUGAGAUUUCAUGUGUUCCCACUGAGCUCCCUUUGUUUUCUCCUUCCUGUAUUUAAAGCACUUCAGCCAACGGUAACAAAAUCCAAAAAGAUAUCUCAAAGACUGAUGCGUUCAUGUCAUCCUUAAGUCUGUGCCACACAGUUCAGUGAUCUUUUUUUCAUUUUAUUUUAUUUGAUUGGCCAAAGUUGCUGAGUCAGCCUUUAUCUGUGCCGCCAUAACAGAGCAUCAUGUCAGCCCAGCAGCAUCUCUCCCAUGGGGUCUCAAAGCCUUUGUUUUUGUUUUUUUUGUUUGUUUUUUUUCGCAUCACAUCGAUCUGUUAUCAUUUAAGUCAGAUCAGUGAAACAAAAGUCCAGAAUAAAAUAUAUUUUGAUAAGA